CGCCGUCUUUAACCUUGACUCAGAGGAGGAGGAGUGCCCUGGAGUCACUGCAGAGGACAGCAAUGACAUUUACAUCCUGCCCAGUGACAACUCUGGACAAGUCAGUCCUCCAGAGUCUCCAACUGUGACGACCUCCUGGCAGUCAGAGAGCUUACCUGUCUCACUGUCGGCCAGCCAGAGUUGGCACACAGAAAGCUUGCCAGUGUCUCUAGGUCCCGAAUCCUGGCAACAGAUCGCGAUGGAUCCUGAGGAAGUCAAAAGCUUGGAUAGCAACGGAGCUGGAGAGAAGAGUGAGAACAACUCUUCCAAUUCUGACAUAGUGCAUGUGGAGAAAGAAGAAGUUCCUGAGGGCGUGGAAGAGGCUGCUGCGGCUGCCGGGGAGCUGCAGGAGGCGUUCCCUGAAGCCCCAGCACCCCUGCUUCCACAUAUCACUGCCACGUCUUUGCUGGAGGCAGGGGAGCCCCACGCAGAGGUGAUUGCAGCCGAGAAAGCCAGCCCUGCUACGUCUUUGUUUGUGGAACUUGAUGAAGAAGAGGUAAAAGCAGCGACCCUUGAAGCUGGUGAAGUGGAGGAGGAGGAGAUCCCCACACUGGAACCCCCAGAAACACUGCUGAGCGAGGAGACAAAUGUAGAGAGAGAGCGUCUUUACCCGGAAACGCUGCUGAGCCAGGAGACAGAUGUAGAGGGAGAGCGUCUUACGGAGGAGUCCUCCCCCGCUGGGAGAGCGAAGCCCUUGCCCUUGUCUGAGGGCAAGUCUAUACUCCUGUUUGGAGGGGCUGCUGCCGUCGCCCUCCUGGCGGUGGCAGUCGGGGUGGCCCUGGCUCUGAGAAAGAAAUAGAUUUUUCAGAGAGGAAGAAGAUGAAAGGAUCUAAGGUUUUGUUUGUACUGGCUGGCAUCUGAACCCCUAGCAGCUGUUUGGACGUUUGUGGAACAUUCUGGGAUAACUGGGGGCUUCCGCUCAACAAGGCAGUGGCUUGGUCCACACAGUAGGGCUUGAGGUAGAGGGUGUUCACAGUUAUCUGAGUGUAGAUUCCAGGGGCUGCGGCUCACACUAGAUUCACAAUCUUAUGAGUAAAGUCCUGCCCCAGAGCAGGGUUUCUCAGCCUCA